AUGGCCACAAGAUCAAAAUCAAGCAUUAGACUUGAUAUAAAUCAGUUACCAGAAAUGAAAUCUAAGCCCAUUGAUAAAGACAAACUUGGCGGCCGUCGUUAUUGUUUUGGUCAAUGGGACUUUUGUUUAUGUAUCUUAUUAUUGAUUGGAGUGGCAACAGCAGUUAGUAUUUCACUUGGAGUUAUACUUAGUUUAAAUAAGAAUAAUGACAUGGGACCUUCCACAACUGCACUGACUUCCGUAACAACAACUGCACUGACUUCCGUAACAACAACUGCAAUGACUUCCGUAACAACAACUGCAAUGACUUCCGUAACAACAACUGCAAUGACUUCCAUAACAACAACCAUUGAUGCGUGCAGUUUUCGAUGGAAUUUAACAGGAAUAACAGUGGCAGGAAGAACUGGUAUAAAUGGUGUACUGUCAGAUCAACUGAAUUCACCAUAUGGCAUAUUUAUUGAUUUAAAUAAUGAUUUAUAUGUAGCUGAUUACAAUAACCAUCGAAUACAAAAAUGGCUGAAUGGUGCUUCAACCGGCACAACGAUCGCUGGACUUACCAAUGGUACAAGUGGAUUAACUUCAAAUCAACUAUAUUAUCCUUCAGCUAUUUACGUUGAUAGGAAAAAUCAAAAUUUAUAUAUUGAUGACUCGGGCAAUCAUCGAGUACAAUUAUGGAAUAAUAGUGCGACUAGUGGUACAACUGUUGCAGGAAUUACUGGUAAUGGUGGAAAUGGGAGUAACCAAGUGGGUUCAUGGCUCUUGUUUGUCAUUAUUACUUAUAAUGUACCUAGUUUCAUUUACGGUAUUUGGGUUGAUUCAAACGAGAAUAUUUAUGUGACAGACCGUGAUAACCAUCGUGUUAUGAAAUGGACUUCUGGCAAUAUAUCGAGUGGAACAAUUGUGGUUGAUCAGCGAAAUGGACAAUUAAAUAUGACGUAUGGAAUAUAUUUAGACGAAGUCAAUAAUUCAGUUUAUAUAUCAGAUUUUGGAACCAAUAUAAUUAUGAAAUUAGUCUUAGGUGCUUCAAACGGCACGAUAAUUGCGGGCAUAUCUGGCACAUCUGGUUCGAAUUCAACUUUAAUGAAUGGACCAUCAUCAAUAACAUUAGAUCAAUAUGGUAAUCUAUAUGUUGCUGAUAGUCAAAAUCAUCGGGUACAAAUGUUCUGUCCAAAUUCACUAUCAGGAAUAACAAUCGUAGGUGGUAGUAGUGGCUUGGGUAGUACACAGUUACAUUCUCCAUUAGGUCUUGCUUUAGACUCUAAUCUCAAUCUCUAUGUAUCAGACUCUAAAAAUCAUCGGAUACAGAAAUUUAUGAAACUCUAA